CGAGUUCGUUGAGCUCAUAUUCAGCUUCUUCAAUACUGCUGGUGUUACCAAGUGCACCGUUUUGUUACACACUUGUGGGGCAAAUCACAUUUUCACAGGAGUUAAGAUACAACGAGAAGUCAAGUAUUUUUCUUGGAAAAGAACUUUAUUGGAGUUAAAUUUAUUGCAAGUACUCUUCAGGCAUGUAGAAUUAACAAAUGACAUCGUUUGGAGAAGAGAGAGAUUCAGAGGAUAACAGUUUAACAGCAAUGGCAGAAAGCAACCUCUCAACAACGGGAGAAGAACUGGAGGUGAAAAAUGAGUUUCCAGCUACAGCGACAGAGGAAAGUCAAGUUACGUCAAGUGACGCUGAGCUGGAUGAGGACGAUAACCAUUUAAGAGAAAUAGUGAAAGUAUGUCUGGAGAAAGGUAACAAAGAAUACAGACAAGGAGAAGCCAAUAACGCGAUAAACUCCUACACGGAAGGACUUCAAGUGAACUGCAAAGAUAAACGGCUGAACGCCAAGCUUUACAGCAACAGGGCAACAGCUCAUUUCCGUUUGGCAAACUACGUGGAAUGUCUCGAUGAUGCAACAGUUGCAGUUGAAUUGGAACCCUCUUUAAUCAAAGCUAUCAAGAAAGGAGCCAGAGCUUGUGUCGAACUUUGCUUGUAUAAAGAAGCAAGGAACUGGUUGCAUAUGGGAUUGGCCAUUGAAAAUGACAACAAACGUCUGCUUCAAUUAUUAAGGAAAAGUAAUGCUGAACUAACAGCCGGAGAGGGAAUGAGUUAUGGCAAUCUCGGCAACGCUUAUGACAGACAGUUCAAAACAGCCAUCCAGUACCAUCAACGUCAUCUAGAAAUUGCUAAAGAAGUAGGAGACAAGGCCGGAGAGGGAAUGAGUUAUGGCAAUCUCGGCAACGCUUAUCAAGGUCUAGGACAGUUCAAAACAGCCAUCCAGUACCAUCAACGUCAUCUAGAAAUUGCUAAAGAAGUGGGAGACAAGGCCGGAGAGGGAAUGAGUUAUGGCAAUCUCGGCAACGCUUAUCGAGGUCUAGGACAGUUCAAAACAGCCAUCCAGUACCAUCAACGUCAUCUAGAAAUUGCUAAAGAAGUGGGAGACAAGGCCGGAGAGGGAAUGAGUUAUGGCAAUCUCGGCAACGCUUAUCGAGGUCUAGGACAGUUCAAAACAGCCAUCCAGUACCAUCAACGUCAUCUAGAAAUUGCUAAAGAAGUGGGAGACAAGGCCGGAGAGGGAAUGAGUUAUGGCAAUCUCGGCAACGCUUAUGACAGUCUAGGACAGUUCAAAACAGCCAUCCAGUACCAUCAACGUCAUCUAGAAAUUGCUAAAGAAGUGGGAGACAAGGCCGGAGAGGGAAUGAGUUAUGGCAAUCUCGGCAACGCUUAUCGAGGUCUAGGACAGUUCAAAACAGCCAUCCAGUACCAUCAACGUCAUCUAGAAAUUGCUAAAGAAGUGGGAGACAAGGCCGGAGAGGGAAUGAGUUAUGGCAAUCUCGGCAACGCUUAUCGAGGUCUAGGACAGUUCAAAACAGCUAUCAAGUACCAUCAGCGUCAACUAGAAAUUGCUAAAGAAGUGGGAGACAAGGCCGGAGAGGGAAGAAGUUAUAGCGGUCUCGGCAACGCUUAUGACAGUCUAGGACAGUUCAAAACAGCCAUCCAGUACCAUCAACGUCAUCUAGAAAUUGCUAAAGAAGUGGGAGACAAGGCCGGAGAGGGAAUGAGUUAUGGCAAUCUCGGCAACGCUUAUCAAGGUCUAGGACAGUUCAAAACAGCCAUCCAGUACCAUCAACGUCAUCUAGAAAUUGCUAAAGAAGUGGGAGACAAGGCCGGAGAGGGAAUGAGUUAUGGCAAUCUCGGCAACGCUUAUCGAGGUCUAGGACAGUUCAAAACAGCCAUCCAGUACCAUCAACGUGAUCUAGAAAUUGCUAAAGAAGUGGGAGACAAGGCCGGAGAGGGAAUGAGUUAUGGCAAUCUCGGCAACGCUUAUCAAGGAAAUCUUAUGAUGGCCUUUGACUUUUAUUACUCGAGUGUAGAAUUGUAUGAUGAUAUCAGGGCCAGUCUUCAACUCAACGAUCAGUGGAAGAUUUGUUAUCGUAAUCAGCACCAAGAAGCCUACAAAGGUUUGUGGCGUAUAAAUCUCAAUCGAGGUCAAGUUGUGAAGGCUCUUCUUGCCACAGAGAAAGGACGUGCUCAAGCUCUGAGA